GUCACCCGGUUUCCGGUUCCAGCGGGGUAGUCAGUCAGGCGAUCCAGGCGCAGCGCGGCAGACGCAUCGCAGCCAUGGGGAACAGUAUGGCCAGGGAGGACUUCGAGUGGGUUUACACCGACCAGCCCCACGCAGACCGCCGGAAGGAGAUCCUGGCAAAGUACCCGGAGAUCAAGUCCCUCAUGAAACCGGAUCACAACCUCAUCUGGAUUGUUACCUGCAUGGUCUUCACGCAGUUCAUAGCGUUCUACUUGGUGAAAGACCUGGACUGGAAGUGGCUCAUGUUCUGGACAUACGCGUUUGGAAGCUGCAUCAGCCAUUCCAUGACCCUGGCCAUCCAUGAGAUCUCGCACAACAGCGCCUUCGGCAACAGCAAAGCCAUGUGGAACCGCUGCUUCGGGAUGUUUGCCAACCUGCCGAUAGGCCUUCCCUAUUCCAUCUCCUUCAAGCGCUAUCACAUGGACCACCACCGCUACCUGGGUGGGGACGGCAUCGACGUGGACAUCCCGACGGACUUCGAAGGGUGGUUUUUCUGCACCUCUCUCCGGAAGCUGGUGUGGAUCAUUCUUCAGCCGCUCUUCUACACCAUCCGGCCCCUCUGCAUCAACCCCAAGCCGGUGUCUCGGCUGGAGAUCGUGAACCUGCUGGUGCAGUUUGCCUUCGAUGCCGUCGUUUACCACUUCCUGGGGGUUAAGACAGUCGUUUACAUGCUGGUUGGAUCCAUACUCGGGCUAGGACUUCAUCCGAUAUCGGGCCAUUUCAUAGCCGAACAUUACAUGUUUCUGAAAGGCCACGAGACCUAUUCCUACUACGGGCCCUUGAACUACCUCACCUUCAAUGUCGGCUAUCACAACGAGCACCACGACUUCCCCAGCAUCCCGGGCAAGAACCUGCCCAAGGUGCGGAAAAUUGCAGCCGAGUAUUACGAUCCCCUCCCGCAGUAUACCUCCUGGGUCAGGGUGCUGUACGACUUCAUAAUGGACGACACGCUCAGCCCGUACUCGCGCAUGAAGAGGAAACUGAAAGGGGAAAUAAAACAAGACUGAACGGGCCGCGCGUGUGAGAAACCCCUAGAGACUGUAAGACGCGCAUGCGCAGAAAACGGAGCAUCAGACCACCGGUUUCAGCGGCUGCAGCGUCCGCUCCUCCACUCGGAUCCCACGGCCCCCCGCUUCCACCACGCAGCUCCACAGACUGUAGUUUAGGGGAAAAAGGUCCGCUUUAAUUUUCCUGCCGCCGUACUUGAUGCACUUAGGCAUCUGGUCACCUUUUCUCUGCGCAAGUUUUCAAGGAAGCCUUUUUUUUUUUGGAUUAAGUUAUAUAAUAAAGGUUUGCACUGUUGCCAUCUUAAGAGAUGUAAUUUACCUUCCGGUGCUCACUCCCUGCGGCGACUUCCCGGGCGGCCGUCGGAUCCUCACCUCCGGGGAGCGAUUUCGCUCUUAAUGAAUCUCUUAAGGUUAUAACUGAGCAAACCUUACGAUAUAUUCACCAAAAGCGGAGAAUCCUUACACAUUCACCAAGUACCUUCUGAUUUAUCGGCUACUUAAAAAGCCAAUAAACUCCGCUUACCCCACUAUCUGGUCCGCCUUUCCUGCAGGGGUUAAAUAAUUGCUGAAGGUCAAAAUA